CAUUUCGUGCCUCCGCGUUGCAUUGUGGGAUGGCAAUGGAGGGCGCGUGAUUUUGAACCAUUGUGUACACAUUUGAUGAGCUGGAGAAAAUCUUUCAUUUUCACCUAUUGUGCCGUGUCGCCUGCUGAAUUCGCGUGUUUACCCUCAUUUUCCCUGUGGUGUGGGACACGGGAAAAUAGUUUGGUCACCGCUUGAAUGUAGCUGUUCAUUUCCUCGCGAAGAUUUUAGACUGUCCUAUUACGAAGAGAAUUUAACCCCACUUUCCCUUGGAAUCUGGUGUUAGUCAGGUUCUAGUUCUCGUUAUUCGGUGAAAUAUCGAUGCGGUGGUUCCAUUUUCACCUCUUUCCUUGAUAUUUAGCAUGUUAAUCGCAUUGUGCUCAACCCACAUUUUCAAAUUUCCGUGCCUUGGUGGCAGAAAAUGGCGCGUCAUUUGAGCUCAAACCUCCUUUAGAGAAUGGCGCGCCCGUCUUUAGAAACUCCCUCAAAGAUGUGGUUUUGAUAGUAUUUGUGUUCGUGUUGCUGUUUGAAUGGCAUAUCUUCGAUUUCUACAAUUCUGUUUAUAGUGGACGAAAAUGCUCGCCAAAGGCAACAAAGCCCGCAGUGGCUCCCGAGCCAUGGUGGAAACUAUUGCAGUGACUGAUGGAGAAUUGACUGCAUUGUCAGCUCUAUCUGGUCAGCAACUUCUUACCAUUGAUGGUGACCUUCUAAAUCAAUCUGAUAUAUCUCCGGGUCUUGAAGAAGCUGUUUGCGUCACCAUACCUAAUGAUGAGUCUAUGGAGGUGGAUGGGGAGGAGUUGGUGACAUCAAGUGACAUUGUUGAAUCUACUAUCACUCAUGAUGACAAUGAGGAAUCUCCAACCCCAUCUGCAGUAGUUGUAUCAAACUGCAACAUUAUUAGUCGCACACCUGUUCUGAUGAGUGUUGCGGGCCAGUCAGCAGCAUCUACUUCUUACGUGGUUAUCCAAUCUUCACCCGGAAACAGAGUUAUCACUACCAACACUGCUGCAGCUGGGAAGAAAGGCGCACAGAUUCCCCAAAUUAUUGGCAGGGUAAACUCCGGAGUUCCGAGUCCUCAAUAUCAAACAGUAGUGAGAACUAUACCAACGUCUGGUCCCCCUCCAUUGGUUACCCGAGGAGCCAAUUUGAAUGUAACUGGAAUACGCCCUCUGAAUCCUCAGGCAGCAAACCAAAGAGGACAAAUUAUAACCAAAGUCCUUUUACCUCGCACUGGUAGUGGUCAGCAAGUUGUGACCUUGCCUAUUCAAGAUGGUAAAAGUGUGGAUCAGCAGAGGUUCAUGAUAGGAGGACAGCAAGUUCGUGUUUUAAGUGGGGGAAUGAAGAUAGCAACAAUCCCCAGUUCGACCUCUGAUUCAAGACUGUCUAAAAGCGAGACUGAAAAAGCUACUGUGAUCCAAACCUCAAGUGUGGCGUCAAGUAGUCCUCUUGGAAGACCGAUCAAAGUUAUCCAGUCUCGCCCUCUUGGGGUUCUUACUCCAAACAGUGGAUCAGUUGCAAAAGUACAACAGAUCAUCCCAGCAUCACCAGGUGGCAAGGGGUUGAUUGUGAAUAAAGUACUACCAGGAACUGGAACAAGGGUCACUGUUGUGCCACAAGGAGCCAAAUCCCCUGCCAAAAUAUUACCUGCACCAAUGAGUAUAGUGACGAGCUCCGCAUCUCAGCAGGGAGGACCGUCCGUCAGUCCGCAGAAAGUUAUCAUAAGACAUGCCUCCAUUAAACCAAUGACUGGUCAGGCAGUCCCCGGGUUGAGAAUACCAGUCUCCAGCCAACCAGGGCUGGUGAACUCAUCUACCUUACAACCUGUUCAAGUUGCUGGAAGACAGAUGCAAUAUGUUCGCCUAGUCAGUAUACCUUCAUCAUCGGACUCUACAACCACUGUCACAAAUACAGCAGUGGGAAAGGCAAGCACAGUUUUGACAUUGUCCUCAGCCUCAGGUAGUCAACAUGGGAACACCAUAAAAAUGAUCCCUAUGGGUACAUCAACCCCCAAAACUGUUCUGGCCAAAACCAUGUCUGGGCAGAAAAUAAUCAUACCAGCUUCCCUAGCUAUGACACAAAUUAAAACAUCAAUACCCAGCAGUGUGAUGUCUGUUGUUAACUCAACCGCCACCAGCACCACUUCUUCCACAAACAUUGUUAUGUUACCUUCAACAUCCAUUCAAACAGCUAAAUCGAUUGCCCAACCAGAUAUGGACAUUAAGCCAAUAAUAAUGUCCCUUGCUGAAGAAGCCAGUGUAGAUGACGUUGAUCCUCUACCACAUCUUGUAAAACCGGAGCAUGCACCUGCACCUCCACCACCCAAGCAGAGCAAGGCUUCACUACCAGAGCCUAAUGGAAUCAAGCCUCGCAAACCUUGCAACUGCACAAAGUCACAAUGUCUCAAGCUCUACUGUGAUUGCUUUGCAAAUGGUGAAUUUUGCAAUCAGUGUAAUUGUAACUGCUGUUACAAUAAUUUAGAUCAUGAAGAAGACAGACAACGAGCAAUUCGUUCAUGCCUGGAACGUAAUCCUAAUGCUUUUAGACCAAAAAUUGGCAAAGGUAUCGUUGGAGAUGGCAGGCGGCACAACAAAGGCUGCAACUGUAAACGAUCUGGCUGCCUUAAAAAUUAUUGUGAAUGUUAUGAGGCGAAGAUAGCUUGCUCAAAUAAUUGCAAAUGUGUGGGUUGUAGAAAUAUAGAAGAUGACAUAGAUCGGCGCAGUUUAAGGGAGUUAAUAGAAGUGUCAGAGAGUCUUGAAAGUCCAAUAUUAAUGCCGUCUGGGUUAAAAAAGAAAUCUAUUGGUCAAAUUUUAGAUACUUCUUCUAUUAAACAAGAAGAUGGUCACAGAAAAGGAGAUAGACGUUCAGAUUGCAUCAUGUCUGACAACGUUGUUAGUGCUACAUGUCAGUGUUUGGUUGCUCAAGCUGAGGAAGCAGAAAAACUGGAUUUAAAUGACGAAGAGGCGGAGAAAUUAAUAAUUGAAGAAUUCGGACGAUGCCUUGUGGAAAUUAUUUCGUGUGUUACAAAUAGGACAGACCUUGAUAGACAAGACACUUCUUCAACUUUCAGUGAGCAGGGUGAUAGUUCGUGAGGUGAUAAUGCUUCUCUCUCUAAAGAGAUGUUGUUAGUGGUUGCCUAAACAAACUAUAUUUGUAGUAGCAAAAUUUGUUUACCUUACAAUCAAUUUUUUCAUAUGUUAACAUUAUUGCAGUUGAGUGAAUACUAACAACUCAACACUAUGCACUCUUUUAUUUCAAUAUACCUGUCCAUCUCUCAGAUGAAAGUAUAUAUAAUCAAUCAAUGAAACUGGACAUAGUUUUAUUAUUUUAGAUGUAUUGCUUAAAUGAAUUUAUUACUGACCAAGGAAAUGAAAGAUGAUUCAUGCAUUGUUCUCUCAAUUCUAAAUUAAAUAAAUGUACAUACUAGGAUAUUGUCAGUUGUUUUUGUAAAUUAGCUCAUGUCAUGUAUCAAGUAAGUGACCUAGUCAUGGGAUUUUUAUUCUCUAAAGGUAAAGUUGGCUUCUCUCAAAGAAGUUAAAAAAUUGAACUUGUUUUUUUGCUGCUCCAUGACAGAUAUACACAGUAUUGUGUCUGUUAAAAGAAUGACGCUUACAUUGUUUUAAUCUGAUUUGUACCUUGUGUUGAUAUAAAUGCCUUUAGUUAGUUGUCAAGGGACACAGAGCAAAGAGAGAAUUCAUGUAAACAUGUCAGUGGCAGAAAUUUUGUAAUGAAAUAUAUACCUGAAAUGACUUAAAGUCCUUACAGAGAAAUCUUUCUUGGCAUUGUGCCCCCAGCCAUUUAAGGUUGUCAUAUGAUACGUGAUCUUGCAUUUAUAUAUUGAAUAGAGUUUGUACUCUUUUUUUUCACCCAUUUAAAUUUUAAUCCCCCCUCCCCCUUCCCUGUUAAAUUCAGUCAAAUGAUAGAACUUGUAAAAAGUUGUGUUACGUGUUUUCUAAAUACAUUCUAGCAUGUGUAUUUUCGGCCAUGUAAGAUGAUUGAAGUGUGUACCCUUGUUUUCUUUCAUUUCUUAAACUAGAUAGUUGGACAUGUGCCAAAACAACUAUUUCCCUUCUGUCCAAUACAUGUUUAGGGUGGAAUUAUUUAUAUAUUGUCUAUAUAUUAUUCUUGAUUUUGAAAUUUUUUUGUGAAAGGAUUACUUAGAGAAAUGUUUAGCCGUUUUCCUCACUGUUUAUUUGCAGUCUGUUAACUGGUCUGUAUUGUGUACACCCAAUUUAUAGAGUUUUGAUUUAUUACCUUGGUAAUUUUUAUUAUUGCGUGAUGGCACUCUCCUAGCUGGGGACCGUCACAACGGAGGGGUUUGUACCGACUGAGUUGCAGUGUGGUCACUCCUACGCUCUUUUAUUAGUCCUACGACGUAGCAAGAAGGGAAUAAAAUUAUGUUGCAUCAACUGAA